AUGUUUACGGUCUUAGAUAAUACACGAGACUCUGUGGCAACAAGACAAAGUUUACUUGAAUCUCUAUUACGUGAAUGUCAACAAACAAAUCAGCAAUCACUUAAUCAAUUAAUUGAUUAUUAUUUUCAAACAGAAUCACCAAAUGCUCUUCUAUUAAUUAAACAAUUUAAUGAUACAGGAAAAGAACAAUCCAAAAUUCUGAUCGAACAUCUAAAUACACAAGGCUUAAAACAAUGUAAUCGUCAUUCCAGUAGUGGUGUUAGUAGUGAAUUACACUCACAUGAAGAGCAAGAAAAAGUUGCUCAUAUUAUGAAAGUCUUUCGUAUUUUAUGUUUAAUUAUUCAUAGUCAAGUAUCUUGUUUACCAACACUUAUUAAAGAUAGUCAAGUACUUCCAAAUUGUCUUAAUACAAUUACAAAGAGUAAAGAUGAUCCAAAUGUCUUAGCACAAGCAUGUUAUUUUUUUGCUGCCUUAACUGCAAUACUACCUGGUGAAAUUGUUCAACAAACAGAAUCAAUUCUGAAUAUAUUUAAAGCAACAUGCAAAUAUCUUUUUAAACAUUUAACGUCACUUCGACAACUUUCAAUUCAAACAAAUUCUCAUUCUCUUGAAAAUGUUCAAUUAUGGAUUGUAAAUCAGUCGGCACAUGCAUUGUUUUACACACUUUAUACAGUAUAUCCAUGCAAUUUUUUAUAUUAUAUUCAACGUGAAUUUCAACGAAAUGAUAGCCUUGAUGUAUUUGAACAUAUAUUUAUGCCGAUGUUUCAACGUGUUCGUUUUAAUCCACGUCUUAUUGAUAGUGAUCGUAAACGUGAAUUAGAAAAAAUUAAACGUUCGAGACAAUAUUCAUGUAAUAUUAUUUAUGAAGCACGAAAACUUUCACUUGAUCCAUUAUUUGGAAGAGAAUCACCAGGAGCUGAUAAUUGGAUGCAUCAAGAAAUGAAAAGAAUUUUACCUUUCUAUAAUUUUAAACGACAAUCUCCAGCUAGAUCAGUCGAUCAAUUAUCUGAUGGACUUCGAAAUACAAUAGACAUGUCUAGUCCACCGGAAAAUAUUUCAAAACGGUCUAAUAGUUCACCACUUCAAAAAUUCAAAGAAAAGAUCAAAUCUUAUCUUCGUCCAACACCAUCACCAAUUCCAACAAUAACAGUUUCAACAACGGAUACUACUACAACAACUACGAAAACUAAUAAUACACUAUCUAUUCCGAAUGUUUCUUCUUCUGUUUUAUCAUCACCAUCAUCACCAGCACUUGGAUCAGACAUGCGGGUUGUUAAAACAAUGCCAGAAUUACAAAGUAACAAUGAUCUGUCAGCAUUAUCUUCAUCAACUCCAAAUACUCAACGUUCUGAUCAACAACAACAAAUAUUUGUCAACUCAGUUAUUAAUAUAAUUUCAACGGUUUAUGAUCAAAAUUUACCAUCUCACUGGAGAAAAAUUCUCGGUCGUUACGAUCCAAAUCUUCUUGUUGUUUUAACACCACAACGUCAAGCAACUUUUUAUUUUUCACCAUCUGAACAUAGUCUCGAUAAUCAACAACAACAACAGCAACAACAAGAAACAUCACAACAACAAUUAGAUGAUAGUUCACCAACAUCAGUAAAUGAAAAACGACAACGAUGUGCAUCCGCAUCUUGUGCUACUAGUCAACAAAUUCAUUCACCUGUUCUUGCUGCACCAACAACCUCAACUGAUGAUAUUUUACCUCGUACACAAUCACUUUCAACAAAACAACGUACUCGACAUUCAGCUUUAGUAUCGAUAACAGAACCGUUUUAUCAAAAACAUUUUCUAACAAAUCAAACUCAAUAUGAAGAAGAUGACAAUGAUGAUCAUGUGCUUAUUGAUCAAAAAUCUUUUAUUGAUCCAUGGUCAAUUCAGAUACCAUCUGAAUUAUAUAUUUGUUCAGAAACAAAAAGUUCUAUUAUUGAUGAAUUAACCUGGAAUGAUCAUGACUUUAUUUCCAUACCACAUUUUGAUUUUAAUGACAUUGUUACAAAUAAUUGUUCAUCUAAUGAACUUAAACAAUUUGACCGUUUAUAUAAAUGUCAUUCAUGUUAUGAACUCUUUUUGACCGAACAAUAUAAACAAAUAUGGGAACAUUUAUGGACAAAACAAAAAGCACAUCAAAAACACCUCAGUGAACUUCAAACAACACAUGCACUUAUGAAUACGCUUCGAGUUGAAGUUCAAAGUCAUCUUACGGAUGAAAUUAAUAUAUAUGAAAACAAUUCAAAAUGUCUUUCGGACGAAAAUACUUUAUUAGGCGGAAAAGUUGUUGAAUUAGGAAAAGUCACAUCUCGACGAAAACAAACUUCUGCAAAUGAAGAAAAAAAUAAUGAAAUGCAAGAAUUAGAGAAAACAUACGAACCACUUCGCAAAAUUGUCAAUAAUGAAACAUUAAAAUUAAAUAAUCUUUACACUGAAUUAGAUGAUAAUGAAAACGAAACAAAAUUAGCUGGUGAACGUUCAGAACAAUUGAAGCUUAUUACACAAAAUAUAACACAUCUUAAUGAACUCAAUCAACAACUUGAAUGUCAAUAUUUACGAUUUACCGAUGAUCUAUCAAUGACUAUAUAUAAUCCUUUACUGCCUUCUCAUCUUACUAAAGAAGAUGAUGAACAACUUCAAUUUAAAUCAACAUCAUCGACAACAACAAAUGGACAUGAUGAAACAAGUGAAAUAGAUUCAAUUUCUUUCACUGAAGAACAUCAACAAGAAAUCGAUGAUUUACAACAACAACAAGAUGAUGAAUCACUUGAAAAUUAUGACCAAUUACUUAGUGAUAUAAUUGCAAUGUUAACAAAUCAAAACACGAGUAAUGAUUUAACUGCAGUAGAUAUUGAAAACAAAGCAUAUGCAAUUCUUCUUGAAUAUAUGGAAUCUAAACUAAACAUGCAGGUAUGA